AUGGACCUCUCUGCACUCGAGACGCAGCUGGAGCUCGGCUCCAGCGCAGGGGCGCCGCGGCCGUGGGCGGUGCUCGCGCCGCCUUCGCCGCCCAGGCGCGCUAAGGCCAAGGUUCACAAGAAGCAGCGCUUUGGUAAGAAGGCCGCCCGCCGCGCCGCUCGCGCCUCUGCGGCGGCGGACCCAGACGCGGUCGCGCGGCUGCACGCGGGGCGCGACCCUUCGGUGUCAUCAUUGGAUCCGGAGGUCGAGGAGGGUAACGUCGAGUUCAAGCUCAUGAUCUCGACCUCGAACCCGAUCAGAUACGAGCAGCUGGUCACCCAGAUGAAGUAUCGCCUGGCUGAGGGGCGCGGCGAGGCCUUCUACUACAUAGGCGUGGAGGACGACGGCUACCCGUGCGGCCUGGACCCGCAGCAGCUGGACGCGUCGCUCGCGACGCUGAGGCGCAUGGCGGCCGCCCUGGGGGCGCGCGCCGGCCUGGUGGAGCGCCUGCGGGGCGCCUUUGGCCGGGAGGCGGCGCUGGUCCACGUUGAGCGCAACACGCGGGAGGAGGUGGCCUGCAUCGACCUGCGGGUCGCAGUGGCGGGCUCGACAGAUAGCGGCAAGUCCACCCUGACCGCCGUCCUCACCCACGGCGCCGACGGGCGCCCGCUGCUCGACAACGGGCGCGGCCGCGCGCGCAUGGCGGUGCUGCGGCACAAGCACGAGAUACAGAGCGGCCGCACCAGCAGCAUCAGCCAGGCGCUGCUGGGGUAUGAUGCGGACGGCCAGGUGCUCAACUAUGCGGGCGUCGCGCCCCCCACGCCCGCCGAGGUCUGCUCCGCGGCCGCGCGUGCGGUGACCUUUCUGGACCUUGGUGGCCACCACUCGUUCCUCAAGACCACCCUGUUCGGCCUGACGUCCAUGCUGCCGGCCACUCUCCUUGUCUCCCACAAUUGA